ACCGGGAACCCCAAUGUUUGGGACCUCAAGGGCAGACAACUGUGACUAAGGAAGCAGAAACCAUAGGUCUCUGAGGAGCGAGUCUGAGAUGAGGGCCAGACUUAGGUCUGACCCUAGAUGGACACCUGAUUCUUGACCCUGGACUUAGAAGGCCUAGCUUUUUGUUUCGGAGGGGAGGGGAGGGACUGGGCCUCUGUCACCUUCUUGGGCCACAGAGAGGAAGGAGGUGAUGGGGAAACAGGAUAUGGCCUUGAGGGGUGGGAUGCAAGGGAGGCUUGCGGCAGAGGCCACUUUCAGACCCAGGCCCAGAGUCAGUCGUUGUGGAGGAAGGCUCCUCCCUGCUGGGCCCGUUCAUCUCGUCUGGCCACCUGUGCUGCUCGCCAAGACCUGCCUGCACCCGCCUGGGGGAAGAGGAGGGGGCAGAGUCCAGAGGGUUCCCCCAGGCACCAUGCCAGCCCCGUAGUACCACCCACCCCACCCACCGUGGUCUGCUGCACCCCACCACUGGGGCACUGGUUCCAAUGAGACAGGGCACAUCACAUUCCAUCUGGCUGUUACUGAGGCGGAGACACGGGUGAUGAUUGGCUUGCUGGCGAGAGAGGAAGUCCUGUGAUUGGCCGGAUCUCAGGAGCUCGCCGACGCCGUGCGAGGACGCUCCCACGGAGGCCGGAAUUGGCUGUGAAGGGCCCUGGGUGGCCGUCUGGGGGCAGUGGGCACUCCUGUCAGAGCGGCUGGAGCGGGACCGUCGCCCCAGAGAGCUGGGGCAGGGGGCCGUGCCCGAUCUCCAGGGCUCCUGGGGCCACUGCUGACCUGGCUGGAUGCAUCGGGCAGUGGACCCUCCAGGGGCCCGCGCUGCACGGGAAGCCUUUGCCCUCGGGGGCUUGAGCUGUGCUGGGGCCUGGAGCUCCUGCCCGCCCCAUCCCCCUCCUCGAAGCGCAUGGCUGCCUGGAGGCAGGUGCUCUGCCAGCAUCGGGCAGCCCCCACUCUCUGCUCCCCUACCCCCUUCACAUGGCAGUAGCUCUGGACACCCCAACAAACCGUAUUAUGCUCCAGGGACCCCCGCCCCGAGACCCCUCCACGGGAAGCUGGAAUCCCUGCACGGCUGUGUGCAGGCACUGCUCCGAGAGCCGGCCCAGCCGGGGCUGUGGGAGCAGCUGGGGCAGCUAUACGAGUCCGAGCACGACAGCGAGGAGGCCAUUCGCUGCUAUCACAGCGCCCUUCGAUACGGAGGAAGCUUGGCUGAGUUGGGGCCCCGCAUCGGCCGACUGCAGCAGGCCCAGUUCUGGAACUUUCACGCCGGCUCCUGCCAGCACCGAGCCAAGGUCCUGCCCCCCCUGGAGCAAGUGUGGAACUUGCUGCACCUUGAGCACAAGCGGAACUAUGGGGCCAAGCGGGGCGGUCCCCCCGUGAAGCGAGCCGCUGAGCCCCCAGUGGUGCAGCCCGUGCCUCCUGCGGCGCUCUCAGGCCCCUCCGGGGACGAGGGCCUCAGCCCCGGGGGCAAGCGCAGGAGAGGCUGCGGCUCCGAGCAGACUGGCCUUCCCCCGGGGCUGCCGCUGCCCCCGCCGCCACUGCCCCCACCGCCCCCGCCCCCCCCGCCGCCGCCGCCGCCGCCCCCACCCCUGCCUGGCCUCGCCACUAGCCCUCCAUUUCAGCUGAGCAAGCCAGGGCUGUGGAGCGCCCUGCAUGGAGAUGUCUGGGGCCCCGAGCGCAAGGGUUCGGCACCCCCGGAGCGCCAGGAGCAGCGGCACUCGCUGCCUCACCCGUAUCCGUACCCGGCUCCGGCCUACGCCGCGCACCCCCCCGGCCACCGGCUGGUCCCGGCCGCACCCCCAGGCCCAGGCCCCCGCCCCCCAGGAGCAGAGAGCCAUGGCUGCCCGCCUGCCACCCGUCCCCCCGGAAGUGACCUUAGAGAGAGCAGAGUUCAGAGGUCGCGGAUGGACUCCAGCGUUUCACCAGCAGCAACCACCGCCUGCGUGCCUUACGCCCCUUCCCGGCCCCCUGGCCUCCCCGGCCCCACCAGCAGCAGCAGUAGCAGCAGCAGCAACAACACCGGUCUCCGGGCCGCGGAGCCGAGCCCAGGCAUUCCCGGCGCUGAUCAUUACCAAACUCCCGCGCUGGACGUCUCCUCUCACCAAGGCCGCCUGGGGCCCUCGGCACACAGCAGUCGGAAACCGUUCCUGGCGGCUCCCGCUGCCACUCCUCACCUGUCCCUGCCGCCCGGCCCCCCCUCGCCGCCUCCGCCGCCCUGUCCCCGCCUCUUACGCCCUCCGCCCCCCCCUGCCUGGCUGAAGGGCCCGGCCUGCCGGGCAGCCCGCGAGGACGGGGAGAUCUUCGAGGAGCUCUUCUUUGGGUCUGAGGGACGCCCCCGCCCUCCCCCACCACCCCUCCCCCACCGCGAGGGCUUCUUGGGGCCUCCGGCUCCCCGCUUUUCUGUGGGCACUCAGGAUUCGCACACCCCUCCGACUCCCCCAGCCACCAGCAGCAGCAACCAUGGCAGCCACAGCAGCAGCCCCACAGGGCCCGUGUCCUUCCCCCCGCCUCCCUACCUGGCCAGAAGUUUGGACCCCCUUCCCCGGCCCCCCAGCCCCAAUCUGAGCCCCCAGGACCCACCUCUUGCGCCCUUGACUCUCGCCCUGCCUCCAGCUCCUCCCUCCUCCUGCCACCAAAAUACCUCAGGAAGCUUCAGGCGCCCGGAGAGCCCUCGGCCCAGGGUCUCCUUCCCAAAGACCCCCGAGGUGGGGCCGGGCCCCCCCCCAGGCCCCUUGAAUAAAGCCCCCCAGCCUGUGCCGCCCAGGGUUGGGGAGCUGCCUGCCCGAGGCCCGCGGCUCUUCGAUUUUCCCCCUACCCCGCUGGAGGACCAGUUUGAGGAGCCGGCUGAGUUCAAGAUCCUCCCCGAUGGGCUGGCCAACAUCAUGAAGAUGCUGGACGAAUCCAUUCGCAAGGAGGAGGAACAGCAACAGGAGGCGGGCGCAGCCCCCCCGCCCCCGCUGAAGGAGCCCUUUUCGUCUCUGCAGCCUCCGUUCCCUAGUGACACAACCCCGGCCGCCACUGCCACCGCCGCCCAGGAAGAGGAGAAGAAGCCACCACCAGCCCUGCCGCCACCGCCGCCUCUAGCCAAGUUUCCUCCGCCGCCCCCGCUCCCCCCACCGGCCGGCCCGGCCAGCCUGCUCAAGUCCUUGGCCUCCGUGCUGGAGGGACAGAAGUACUGUUACCGGGGGACUGGAGCCGCCCUCGCCACCCGGCCCGGGCCCUUGCCCGCCACUCAGUAUUCGCCAGGCCCCCCUUCAGGUGCUACCGCCCCGCCGCCCGCCUCGGCGGCCCCUAGCGCCCAGGGCUCCCCGCAGCCCAAGGCUCCCUCGGCAUCUCACUUCUCUACCUCAGGCGGGCCCUGGGCCCGGGAGCGCGGGGCGGGCGAAGAGCCGGCCCCGGGCCCCAUGACCCCUGCCCCGCCGCCCCCACCCCUGCCUCUGCCCCCUGCUCGGUCUGAGUCUGAGGUGCUAGAAGAGAUCAGUCGGGCUUGUGAGACCCUUGUGGAGCGGGUGGGCCGGAGCGCCACGGACCCGGCAGGCCCGGUGGACACGGCGGGCCCGGUGGACAGCGGGACCGAGCGGCUGCUGCCUCCCGCCCAGGCCCGCGAGGAGAGUGGCGGGGUGGCGGCGGCGGCGGCAGGACCAGGCGGCAGCAGCAGCAGCAAGCGGCGGCAGAAAGAGCACCAGAAGGAGCACCAGAAGGAGCACCGGCGGCACAGGCGGGCCUGUAAGGACAGCGUGGGUCGGCGGCCCCGAGAGGGCAGGGCAAAGACCAAGGCCAAGGCCCCCAAAGAAAAGAGCCGCCGGGUGCUGGGCAACCUGGACCUGCAGAGCGAGGAGAUCCAGGGUCGCGAGAAGGCCCGGCCCGAUCUCGGCGGGGCCUCCAAGGCCAAGCCACCCACGGCUCCCGCCCCUCCACCAGCCCCCGCGCCCCCUGCCCAGCCCACAGCGCCCUCGGCUCCCGUUCCCGGGAAGAAGGCUCGCGAGGAAGCACCAGGGCCACCAGGCGUCAGCCGGGCUGACAUGUUAAAGCUGCGCUCACUCAGCGAAGGGCCCCCCAAGGAGCUGAAGAUCCGCCUCAUCAAGGUGGAGAGUGGGGACAAGGAGACCUUCAUCGCCUCCGAGGUGGAGGAGCGGAGGCUGCGCAUGGCGGACCUCACCAUCAGCCACUGCGCCGCUGACGUCGUGCGUGCCAGCAAGAAUGCCAAGGUGAAAGGGAAGUUUCGAGAGUCCUACCUUUCCCCUGCCCAGUCUGUGAAACCGAAGAUCAACACUGAGGAGAAGCUGCCCCGGGAAAAACUCAACCCGCCCACACCCAGCAUCUAUCUGGAGAGCAAACGGGACGCCUUCUCACCUGUGCUGCUGCAGUUCUGCACGGACCCUCGGAAUCCCAUCACCGUGAUCCGGGGCCUGGCGGGCUCCCUGCGGCUCAACUUGGGCCUCUUCUCCACCAAGACGCUGGUGGAGGCGAGCGGCGAGCACACGGUGGAGGUGCGCACCCAGGUACAGCAGCCUUCGGACGAGAACUGGGACCUGACGGGCACGCGGCAGAUCUGGCCUUGUGAGAGCUCGCGCUCGCACACCACCAUCGCCAAGUACGCGCAGUACCAGGCCUCGUCCUUCCAGGAGUCCCUGCAGGAGGAGAAGGAAAGCGAGGAUGAGGAGUCAGAGGAGCCCGACAGCACCACGGGGACCCCUCCUAGCAGCGCGCCAGACCCGAAGAACCAUCACAUCAUUAAGUUCGGCACCAACAUCGACCUGUCUGAUGCCAAGCGGUGGAAACCCCAGCUACAGGAGCUGCUGAAGCUGCCCGCCUUCAUGCGGGUCACCUCCACGGGCAACAUGCUGAGCCACGUGGGCCACACCAUCCUGGGCAUGAACACCGUGCAGCUGUACAUGAAGGUUCCCGGCAGCCGAACGCCAGGCCACCAGGAGAACAACAACUUCUGCUCCGUCAACAUCAACAUCGGCCCUGGCGACUGCGAGUGGUUUGCGGUGCACGAGCACUACUGGGAGACUAUCAGCGCCUUCUGCGACCGGCACGGCGUGGACUACCUGACUGGUUCCUGGUGGCCAAUCCUGGAUGACCUCUAUGCUUCCAAUAUCCCCGUGUACCGCUUCGUGCAGCGCCCCGGAGACCUGGUGUGGAUCAACGCGGGCACCGUGCACUGGGUGCAGGCCACCGGCUGGUGCAACAACAUUGCCUGGAACGUGGGGCCCCUCACCGCCUAUCAGUACCAGCUGGCCCUGGAACGAUACGAGUGGAACGAGGUGAAGAACGUCAAGUCCAUCGUGCCCAUGAUUCACGUGUCCUGGAACGUGGCUCGCACGGUCAAAAUCAGCGACCCGGACCUGUUCAAGAUGAUCAAGUUCUGCCUCCUGCAGUCCAUGAAGCACUGCCAGGUGCAGCGCGAGAGCCUGGUGCGGGCCGGGAAGAAGAUCGCCUACCAGGGCCGGGUCAAGGACGAGCCCGCCUACUACUGCAACGAGUGCGACGUGGAGGUGUUCAACAUCCUGUUCGUGACCAGCGAGAACGGCAGCCGCAACACGUACCUGGUGCACUGCGAGGCGUGCGCGCGGCGGCGCAGCGCGGGCCUGCAGGGCGUGGUGGUGCUGGAGCAAUACCGCACCGAGGAGCUGGCGCAGGCCUACGACGCCUUCACGCUGGCCCCCGCCAGCGCGUCGCGAUGAGGCCGGACGCCCCGCCCGCCCGCCCGCCUGCAGGGCGCCGCGGGGCCACCAGCACACGCCUGGGCUGGACCUAGGUCCCGCCUCUGGCCGGGAAGGGGGUGUCGGGCCCGGCCCUUCCGCCCCAUUGGCAGCUCCCCCUCACUUAAUUUAUUAAGAAAAAAAGUUUUUUUUGUAACAAAUAAGAGGAAAAAAGGAAAAAAAAAAAUGGGAGACGGGGGAGGGGGCUGGCAGCCCCUCGCCCGCCAGCGCCUCCCCUCACCGACUUUGGCCUUUCUAGCAACAGACACAAGGACCAGGCUCCGGCGGCGGCGGCGGCGGGGGUCACAUACGGGUUCCCUCACGCCUGCCGCCUGCCGCCGCCCGCCCGCCCGCCCGCCCGGCGCAGACGCUCGCGGCUCGUGUUUGUACAUAGACGUUACGGCAGCCGAGGUUUUUAAUGAGAUUCUUUCUAUGGGCUUUACCCCUCCCCCAGAACCUCCUUUUUUACUUCCAAUGCUAGCUGUGACCCCCCCCCCCCCCCCGUACAUGUCUCUGUUUAUUCACUUGGUUAUGAUUUUUGUAUUUUCUGGGUUUUUUUUCUUUUUUUGUUUGUUCGUUCUUGGUUGUUUUUGGUUUUUCUUUUUUUGUUCGUUUUGUUUUUUAAUUUAUAACAGUCCCACUCACCUCUAUUUAUUCAUUUUUGGGAAAACCCGACCUCCCGCACCCCCCAAGCCAUCCCGCCUGCCCCUCCAGGGACCGCCCGCCGCCGGGCUCUCCCCGCGCCCCAGUGUGUGUCCGGGCCCGGCCCGUCCGUCUCCGCCCGUCCGCCCGCGGCUCCAGCCGGGUUCUCAUGGUGCUCAAACCCGCUCCCCUCCCCGACGUCCUGCACUUUCUCGGACCAGGCCCCCACUCCCGACCCGACCCCGACCCCGCCUGAGGGUGAGCGACUCCUGUACUGUAGGGGAAGAAGUGGGAACUGAAAUGGUAUUUUGUAAAAAAAAAUAAUAAAUAAAAAAAUUUAAAGUUUUAAAGAAAGAACUAUGAGGAAAAGGAACCCCGUCCUUCCCAGCCCCGGCCAACUUUAAAAACGUGGACCUUCCCCUCACACCUCUCCCCCCCCCCCCCCCUUUUCUUUUUAAGCGUGAACCAGCCCAGGGCCAGGGCCUCACUGGGGCAGGGACACCCCGGGAUGAGUUUCUCUGGGGCUUUAUUUUCCUUCCGUCGGUGGUUUUUUUCUCCCACGCUGGGGCUGCGGAGGGGUGGGGGGUUUACAGUCCCGCCCCCUCGCACUGCACUGUCUCUCUGCCCCAGGGGCAGAGGGGUCUUCCCAACCCUCCCCCUAUUUUCGGUGAUUUUUGUGUGAGAAUAUUAAUAUUAAAAAUAAAAUCCGAGAAAAACA